AACGACAAACGCACCAAAGCAGAGAAUACAAAAAUUACAGAUCUGGGAUUUUCGUGGGCAUCAAACUGAAACUGGAUAGCCCUGAAGGGCCACCGUACUUGUGUAUUACAUUCCAUUACAGCUCCCAAAACAAACUAACCAAGUUAAAGUGCAAGUUCGGCUGGGCUUUUUAAGACUUUAGAAGCUCCAAGCAAAGGAUUCGAAAAUGUACUGCUGUAUGCCGUGCAGACUGCUUGCACACCAUAUUCGCACCUAAGACCUUCGCCUACUAUAUUAGGGCAAAACUUAAAACUUCCAAGUAAGACUUUCCCCAGGGAAAACCAGGAUAUAAGAACCAGACACAACAAGUUGCAUCUGUAAUUAAACAACAAUAAUAUUCAACGAUGGCACUAUCGAAUCAGAGUGAAACAAAAGGAGGACAGCUAAAUACAGAAGAUUAUGUUUACCUUUCAGAAGUACAGACAUCAGAACAGAUGCCAAUAAGAAAUGCAGACUCUAUACGAUACUCCUCUAAGACUGCUAUUGACAUCGAACAAAGUGAAUAUCCCGGAACUAACUCUGCCCCUCAAAAUGGCGAGCUGCCUAGUGGGAAAAAUGAUGUUGUUCCUCGUGGUAGCGGCCCGGAUAUGUGCAAGUCGGAACAGAAACUAGAUUUUGGGCAAAAGGAACUAAAGGGCGCACACGAUAUUUGUGAGCAGUCUGAGGAUCUCCAGGGUGUUAAAAUGACACGAGAAAGAAAACCCGACAAUGUUGUUCAAACAGACCGGGUUACCCGAUCGCGUUCUGAAAAUAAGAGUAGUGUAUCUAGCAGUGGUGGUGGUUCUUCUGGAUCAAAUGUAUUUUCAAGAGCGCCCAUCAAAAAUGCAUCCAAAGUAAAGCCAGUAGGACCGACAGAGUCAGUGGGAGAGAAGACUAGUCCAGAACCCAAAAAGAAACUUGUUAAACAACAUAGAGGUGAAGUUAGUGAUACCACCGAUAGCAGUGAUGAACAUAUGGAUGAUGACGAUAGUACUGAUGAUAAAGGAAGUGAUUGUUCUUUUGAAGGGACACCAGAAGGGAAAGCAAAAGGUACUACUCCCAGGAACACGUCCCCAUCAUGGUCUUCUUACCAACAUAAACCACUGGUAAAGACAAAAGAUAGCCCUUCUGUGGAUACGUCACAACUGGAUACAUCACAACAGUACCACUCUAGCCCUGCAUACAGGCCAGAUUCAUAUCAGAGUUUUUCCGAUGCAUGCAGGCCAGAGAGUUUUUCUGAUGACGAAGAUCCGAGGAAGUCUUUUAAUUUCAGAGAGGAAAAGCGCAAGCAAGUGGACAGUGUUGAUACAAUUCGAGUAAAAGAUGACAUUGGGAAAGAAAAUCAGAAAGCAACAAAUGGAAAAUGCACUUUGUGCUAUCGUUUUAUAUUCUUCUUCUGCCUUCCUGUAGUAGCUGCAGUUUCCUUCAUUGUUUGGAAGAACUAUGACUUGCCAUCAGUAGUAGAGGAAGAAAACCCAGUUCUGAAGGACUUCCUUAGGAAAUAUGAGUCACUUCAGUUACAUUUCCCUGGCCAAGAACCAUGGUUUUGGAAGAGAAGCCGUAUUGCACUUCAGAAACACCUCAACACAAGUAGUCCAUCACAGCCAGUCAUUCUCAUGUUUGUUGGUGAUCAAAAUACUAGCAAGACCCUGGGAUGCAUUAGUCAAAUGGUUGCAGACUCCUACUCUUCAUCGCGGAGCACACAGUUUGACGGUGCUGGCAAGCAACAAGAUGACAGCAACACUGUAAAACUUGGCAUUGAUAGUAAACUAAGCUCUGCCUUUGAAGAAGGUAAAAAGGCAGCUGUCAUUCAGAAUUUUCAACAUUUGCCUCCAUCUUCUACUCUUAUAUUCUACAAGUUCUGUGACCAUGAAAAUGCUGCCUAUAAGAAUGUACUGAUUCUUUUAACUGUACUUCUAGAGGAAGAGUUGGAUGAGAAAAUUAGUUUUCGAGAUUUAGAGGAUAAGGUGUGGAAUUUCCUCAGGGCAAAGUUCCUUACAACUGAAGGCCCAGCUAGUCAUGAUACUAUGGAUGUGGACAAGCUGAGUGGUCUUUGGAGCCGAAUUUCACAUGUAGUUCUUCCAGUCAGAUCUGUCACCAAACUUGAAACAGAGGGUUGUGAUUAAUGGUUGCAGCAAGAAUUAUGUACUGUUAAGAAGAUGCCUUAAGUGAUUGCUUCAUUAAGGAUCCAUAACUUAGGGAAACAAAAACAGUGUGCUGCAGUAAUGCUAUACAUACAUUAUUACACUGGAGUAGCAAGAUGAGGAUUGAACAUAGUAACUUGCUGUUAACAUCGUUUUUAACAAGGCUGCGUAUAUAGCUAAAUGAAUUGCUGUGCAAACUUUAUACACUGGAUUCUGACAAAUGGAACCAGUACUGUGUGACAUUUUCUGUAUAUUAAAAUCUACCAUACAAAGGGUUAUCCUUGUACAUAA